GCAGCUCAUCUGAAGAUUCUUCGUGCAGCGAUGAUCUGACCAGGCCAAGCAGCUUGUUGGUGAGUUCAAGGACAUGCCGAGAGGCAGAAUGGGCGUCGCUUGCAAAACGAUCAGAGACUGUACGGCAGUAGGCUACGUCCUUGAGCUGCCGUGCCGCUACUGUUGCCGGCUUGAUGACCUGACUGAUGGAGCUCUGAUAGGCCUCCCAGUCUUGACCUGGGUCCGUUGUAGCCAUGGCCAUGGGCAGAGUAGUGACGUCUGUCGCCCUCUUAUAUAUAUAAGGAGCAGAAUGCGCGGACAAAAUCGAUCCUCUCAUCAACGGCUCGACAGACGAUGACGACAUUCGCCAGCUUGGUCAGGCACGAUGACAGGCCGGCUAUCGUACUGCCUCGUUCGGCAACGGGUGUCAACGCUCGUACGGUCUCGCACCACGAACUAGCUGAGCUCAUAACCUCCUUCCAAAGUCAGCUAUCCGGUGCAGGCACUCAGCCGGGUGAUGUGAUUUCUAUGAGCCUCAUUAACUCGCUCGACUUUGUCAUCGCCUUUCUCGCUGUCGGACUCAACCGCAGCAUUGCUGCGCCCCUCAACCCGGCCUACAAGACUUCAGAAGUUGAUUUCUAUCUUCAGGACACAAAGAGCCGCUUGCUGAUCGUGCCCGCCGGCGCAAUCCAAGCCAACACGGAGGCUGUCCAAGCUGCCAGAGCGCUAGCCACGAAAGUGCUCGAGGUUUCAGUCGAUCUGCGCCGUCAGCCUCUCAGGGUCGCGCUCACGUCAGACGGCAAGCCCGUCCCAUCUGCAUCUGCGGCUGCUGUGCCCAAAGAUGAUGACGUGGCCCUCAUCUUGCAUACUUCAGGCACGACAGGGCGUCCAAAGGCCGUGCCCCUGACGCAUCGUAACCUGCUGACGACAAUGUCGAAUAUCAAACGAACAUAUGCUCUCACUGAAGCAGACCGAUCUUACCUCGUCAUGCCACUCUUUCAUGUUCAUGGUCUUUUAGCGGGCUUCCUUGCUCCCAUCUAUGCCGGCGCAUCUGCCGUCGUUCCUCCAAAGUUCUCUGCUGCGACAUUUUGGCCGGAGCUCAUCGAGAGUAAAUGUACCUAUUAUACCGCUGUACCGACGAUACACCAAAUCCUUCUCAAGACAAAGCUACCCGACAACUUGCCCAAACUACGGUUUAUACGGUCAUGCUCCUCCGCUCUAUCACCCACGACUUUCCACGCGAUCGAGGAGACAUUCGGCGCACCUGUCCUCGAAGCGUAUGCCAUGACGGAGGCCGCACAUCAGAUGACGAGCAAUCCCUUACCACCUGGCAAGCGACAGCCGGGCAGCGUCGGCGUCGGUCAAGGCGUCGCCAUCCGCACACUGAAUGAUCACGGCAUGGAUGUGCCCGAGGGCGAGGUAUGCAUCAAAGGUCUCAACGUGACCACGGGCUACAUCAACAACGAAAAGGCCAACAAGGAGUCAUUCACCGCCGAUGGCUUCUUCAGGACAGGUGACAGAGGCCGACUGGAUUCCGAGGGCUAUCUCUUCCUGACGGGGCGAAUCAAAGAGCUUAUCAACCGAGGGGGUGAGAAACUCAGUCCGCUCGAGAUCGAUGCCGCCUUACUCGCCGUCGAUGGCGUUGCCGAGGCAGUCGCAUUUGGUGUGCCCGAUGAAAAGUACGGCGAGACUGUCUGGGCAGCCCUUGUGUUGAAGGACGGCAGCAAGUUGGACGCCAAAAGCAUACAAACAGCAGCAGCUGGAAAGAUUAGCAAAGUAUGCUUCGCCACCCCUGUACGGGCUCUGCUGAUAGUUGAUGCAGUUCAAGGUACCCGAGCGUAUCUUUCUCGUCGAUGCAAUCCCAAAGGCAGCAACCGGCAAGAUCUCUCGGCUCAAUGUCAGCAAGACGUUCCAGGCCAAGGUCGCCGCACAAGGCAGGCAGAGCAAGCUAUAGACGUUGUGCUGGAUUGCAUACAUCUGUACAUGUGACU